AUGGCCACAAGUAGCAAGACAACAACAUCUACUACUAAUACUAGCUGCAGCAAUCCAAUUAUCAUUGGCACCACAACACCAUCAUCAUCAUCAUCUUCAACAGUAUCAUUAUCAUCGCUGGUGUCAACAUCAUAUGCAUCUCUGAAAAAAAAUGACGACUUGGAUGAUAUAGAUUACUACUAUCUCACAGAUACAAUUAAAACGGCAACAAAUUCAAAUGCAUCAUCGGCCCCUAAAGACAAUAAAUACAGCAAGUUAAGUGGUACUUCUAGAUAUUUAACUCAACCAACUGAUCCAUUGAGAAUGAAGAGUGAGAAUGAAGGAAAAAUUGAAGAUGAUAACGACGUUGCUAGUGAAGCUAGUCGUCUGCCUCAGUCCAUGUCCUACACAAGCAAUUUGAAAUCCAUGACAAAUAUUGAUAGUGGGAGCAAAUUCGGGAGUGCAAAGCAUUUUGAGAGCAGCAAUAGGGAUGUACCGAGUUACGGUUCGACAACUUUCAAUUCAGUUACCAGACGCUCCGUUUCGAAACCACCGCCAACUGCACUUGAGUCUGCAAAAAAUCAACAAUCUUCGUUAUUAGCGGCUGCCCGCUCUGCACCUCCUUCCGAACUCGCGUCGCCUGUUAUUUCGAGAGUCCCAAGAAAAAGUUCUGCCAAAGAUCAUGAAAAAGAUGCAAAACAGGCGCCACUUGAUGCGGAUGUGAGUAAAACCGCUACGAACGUCCCUAAUGUAAGUUCGGGGAGCUCAGCGAAGGAAGAUAUGUUUUCAAUAUUUUCCGGCUUGAAAGAUCGUCUCGCUAGAGUAUCGGCGGAGUCGAGAGAGAUUCUCGAUCGAAGAGUUUUCAAAUCCGGAUCAAUGGACGGACAGAAGCUGGUUGCAUCCGUGUUAGUGGAUAGUGCGAGCGAAGGGGAGAAAUUGAAUGAAUGCAACGAAUGUGAAGUCGGCCCCGGGGGGGUUGACGGGCAGUUGGUGGUGAAAGAUGCGGAUGAUGGGUGCCCUGAAAAUGGAGAGAGAGAUGACGGUGAGGGGAAGGUAAAAACUUCAAAAAUGUCAAAGAAAAAUAGUAGAGAAGGUGAAAAUAAUGAGGGUAGCUCUAGAAAUGAUGACGAUGGUGAUGACAACGAUGAUGACGUAGGUACUGACGGAAAAAGCAAGGAAGCAACAACAACAUCUACUGCAACAACAUCUUCAUCGGCUAAUAAGUCGUCUUUGUCAACAACGACAUCAAUGAAAAUGAAGCAAGCAAAAGAAACAGAAAUGAAGGUGUUCAAAAGUUCAGCAGCAUCUUUAACACAAUCUUUGGGAAAUGACGAUCAAAGAUUGAAAUCUCACACACAGAAAAUUCGCGAAAGCAGCUCUAACAACAAUUCAUUCGAUAUAAGUCGUCUCAUGAAACUUGUUCAAGACUCUGACUAUCCUUCAAAAAAAUGCACGUUCUCGAGAAAGUGGAGCGGCGACGACAGCAGCCACAACAUUGAGGACGACGACGAUGAAGUUGGCGCCGCAUCAUCUGCGAGCGAUCUAAUAACACCAGAGGCCGCUGUUGAGGCUUUCAAUCUGACGCAUCUGCACAACUCUACAACGGCACCCGACCUCAAAUCGAAACGAUUCACAUCUCAGCUCUUCAAAAAGUCCGACACUCAGAAAAAAAACAUCAGUAAAAGUUUGGCAGAGUCCGAUUCCGCCGGAGGGAUUAGUAAGUAUGACAGUUUGGUGAAUUCUGACGUGACGUUCAGCGGCCAGAGGAUGAUGAAUCCAUUUGCAGGGGACAGGAAGGAAAGCAGCAGCAGCAGCAGUUCGAAGCCAUCUUCAUCAAUCUCACUGACGUUUUCCUCUCUCCUCUCCAGGCAGAAAUCAUUACCUAAGUUAACGUACGGCGGGUCUGCCGGAAGUGCCGUCGAUCCCGCAGCCAAUCAGCAGAUGGUUGAUUUGCAAGAUGAAAGUUUAAAAGCGAAUUUAAAUAAGAGGUCAGAUAGCAAGAAUAAUUUGCAUAAUUUGGACAGCGAUCUUGAAUAUUUCAACCUGCACGACAAUAAGUUGGAUGGCGCGGACGAGGACGACCCCAACAGGCCAUUGGACGUCAGGGACGCGAACGACUGCAACAGCUACCUGGACGAGGACCUCGCCAACACGUCAAACAACAACAAAACGACGCCAGCGGAUGAAAGUGAGCGCAGUUCACCUGCGGCAAAAUCUUCUAAGAAAGUUAGACAGGUCACCUUCACGAGUUCGGUUUUGAAAUUUCAAAAAUUCAGAAGUAAUUUACUGACGAAAAUUCUCUUCUACGUUUUACUGGUCAUGACUCUGUUGAUUGUGCCACUAUCUCCCUAUAUUUUUGGCUUUCUUGUUGGUGUCCUGGGUACGAUUGUCUUCGGUUGGAUCUUUACUGUCUUGGAUGCUGUCAACAGUCUGUUCUUCCAUGAAGAGGAUCGUUACAGAGAGGCACUGAACAUAUGUGAAGAUAGAGAGAUCUAUUACAGGUUCGGCGAUCAGUGGACUCCUGACAUCAAGCUUUCCAAAAACUCUGAUGACUGUUUCAAAGGCUGGCUAAACGAGCUGCCGACUUCAGCAUCGGCAGUGGCGUCGACAGCUGCCUCAUCAGCGAUUCUAGCGGCUGCGCCACCACCGCAACAAAUACAACAACAAUUUGCAUCGUCACGUCGUAACUCAGUAAUCUCCAUCGACGACACGGACGUCAUAUUGCCAGUUGCCUACAGUCCAGAAACUUACCACAUCAGUUCGACGGUUUCUGUUUUUGCGACGCUAGAAGGUUCUAAUUUGCGCCUUCAAACUCCGAAGCAAGGAAUUCCAAAGAGGGCCUUGUGGAGUGAUGAUGCCUAUGCCAACGUCACCUUUGUCAGGCAGAGACAUUUCAACCUUCUCAAUAGCAAGGUAAUUCUCCUACCAAUAAACAUCGUCUCAAAGAGAAUGUGGAGUAAGAAGUAUCCAAUAGCCAUUGAGUUAGCUUCGCAGCAACAACAGCAAUCUCAAGGUAGUGCAGCUGCUAGCAACGUUACUGCCAAUAGCGUAGCUGCUGCAACUAACUCAGCUGCUACCAGCUCUUUUGUCGCAGCCGGAAAGAAGACUAAUUUUACUGCAGCUUCUCAACUGAUUAGACGAAAUCGCAAGCCAGACAAAAAGUCAACAACAGCAGCAACCACACUUACUGCUACUACUGCUACCGCUACUACUGCAACAGCAAAUACUAGCAUCGCAAACACUAAUGCUGACACUGAAAUGAUAGUUAUGGCUAGCUCCUCACAGAAACCUGCGAUUGGCCAAUCAGCGGCUUUGUCUCAGUCGGUUGUCUUGCCUUCCAACCAAUCAAAAGAGAACAUGAAAAAAGUCAUCUACUUAUUUGCUAGGACCAGCAGAGACAAG